AUGUUUUCUUGCAUGGUCGGUAUGAUUUUCUGACAUUUGGAAGAACUUAAAAAGGAAUUGAAGAGUAAAAUAUGUUCUUUUUAUGUUCGGAGUGGCAGAGAAGAUGGAAAGGCAGCUGCAUCCUAUUGUAAUCCCUCUAUGGUGAGGGUUAACAUGAGUUUUUAGGGAGAAAACUGAGCAGAUAACAUGGCAAUAUUGUGUAAAUUACCUCAGACAUGUUACAAUUAUGCUCCAGUUGUUGGCUGAUGAUUGUUAGGUUACUUAAUGGUGUUGUGUAACACUGGCUCCAUACCUACUUAAGCAUGCAGCCUCCCUGCCUCUUCCUUCUUGCGCCUCCCCACUUUUUUUCCGACUCUCUCAUCCAACACACUCUUAAAACCUCACCCUAGCCCUUUUUUUGGAAAUCCCCCUUUUGGGCAUUUUUACUCAGUCUAUCGCUGCACUGCUUCCACGUGUAUUCCGCAGCCUCUCCCAUGUUGUAGUCGGCAGCGGUGUUCCCAUUGGCUGUUUCUACGGUUACUUAAAGCAAUGCACAAGCGCCAUUGGUUGAUGCGGGCCAUGCUGGAAGUGUGUGCAUGCGGAGGCAGGAAAACACAUGGUUCAUCAGACAGUGGAUUAGCGAGGUAAACUUGUUCGGAACAAAGCAGCGCUCUAGUUUGCAUGUGUAUGUUUAUAGAUAUGGAUAUAGUCAAUAAUAGGGUUCACAAUAGAUUGAAACAAGUGUCCUUCCACAAAAUUGCCUGGUUAGUACAGUACAGUUACUGGUUUGUUUGCUACAGUAGCUGGAUUUUGCUAAAUCAACUAAUUUCCACAAAAGCCAAGGAAAAAAACAUUACAUGUCAGUGCAGUUACAGGUUUUAUUCUUCAGCUCAAGUAAAACAGCUGUGUGAUUCAUUUAAAAAAUGAUGUCUUCUUUUUAGCUGGUGGACAGUUGUUUGAUGAUUCUGCGACAGUAUGCUCAUAUGUCAUCAUGUCAUAUUUUAUAUACAGUAUAUUCAUAUGUCUUUAAUGAAUGAGCAGGCAAGACCUGCCAGGGUAUGGUUUCAUUGUCACCUCCAUGCGUAAUUUAGCUUAUUUAUUCCACUUCCUGCAUGUUCGCAGGUCAUUUUUUGUGCGUGUGUGUGUGUGAAACAGGAAUACAUGACAUGGUCUGAUUCGGGAGAUAUUUGCCGCUAACUGUUAUUUUCCUUGUAUAAAUCUCGAGAACCCAAAUACAAGACGACCCCCGACUUUUUUCUUGAGGAAAAAAUACCAUCUAAUAUUUGGGUAUUCAUUGAGAACAAUAUUUGGAAGAAUCUCAUAAUGCUAACAACUUAGACUGGCACCUUUUACAGAGUUUUGCACCAAAAUCUAUUGAGAAGCACUCUAUUCAAUUUUGUUUGAAUGUGGCCAAGCAUUCAUUGUGUUGAAUUACGUACACAUGCUAACACACAUCCUGGCUGGGUAAAAAGAGCGUACUUGCCUGUCAUUGCUGCUAAUACACCAUGUGGGGAAAGCAUGAAAGAACACACUGUUCUUUUCACAUCCUUUGUGGAUAAAGUGUGUGUGUGUGUUUACAUGUCCUUGUGUGGGCACAAUCUGCCCAUAAAUGUGAAAGUAUAUAUUGAGAUAAGGAAUAAUACUCCCCAAUAAUCAAUGGAGCUUUUAACACCACAACAAUGAAACAGGAAUGAGACUCCCCACCCCUCAACUUUUGAGUGCUGCAUUGCCGACUGUGCUGGGCUGUAAUUGGCUGCGGCGUACCGGCAAGGAACAACCUGUCCUAUUUGGAAUAGCGCGAAGGUUUGGGCUGAACACAGGGAGCACAUGAAGUCUGACUGCUUUCGUAAGACCUCACUGCAGAGGCUUUUUGGCUCCUGUUUUUCAUACCUUCUCAUCAUUCCUCCUCUGUAUCCUUCCUACACGUCACACACCCAAAUUAUUCGAAAAACUGCUGAGCCACACGCACCUCCUCCACUACGCUUCUUUUCCCCUUAUCUCUUUUUGCUGUCCAGCCUUGUCGUUUAGUGCCCCAUAAAACGCAGCUUCUUAUCUCGGUUUCUCCAGUGCUUUUAUUCAACGGUCACGGUGCAGUAGGCAUACUGUCACAUCAUUGUUACUCUUUCCUCGCUAAACAUCACCAGACAUCACACGUCGUGUUAAAGGUUUUCCCAGAAGAGAGGAAGCUGCAAAAAGGGGAGCAACAUCGUUGCUGUUUUUUUUCCUGGAUUGGCCAGGUGUCCCAAAACAUCUGCAUUUUCCCAUAAAUAGUAAACCAAGCUACAUACAUACUCCUUUCAAUUCAUUGUAGUGCAUUUUAAUUUCUUUUUUCAUUUUAUAUGUUUAGUGUACUUCAUUUUCCCCAUUAUUUACUUAAUUUUUUUGUAUCAUUUUUUAUGUAAGACAUUGAAAUUAACAGUCCAGGGUGUACCCCGCCUCUCGCCCAAAGUCAGCUGGGAUAGGCUCCAGCAUACCCCCGCGACCUUAAUUGGGAUAAGCGGCAUAGAAAUUGGAUGGAUGGAUGGACAUUGAAAUUAAAUGCAUGUCUUUUUUAUUAUUCAUUAUAUUUUAGCAUUAAUUUUUGAGUAAUGCAUUUAAAUUGGUAUUUUUAAUACAGUAUUAUUAUUAAAUUUUAUUGUUACAAACAAUACAAAAAACAAAUUCACAAUAAAUAAUACAUCAUCAUCAUUGUCACUUCAUGCCACUUUUCUGCCACAACGUAUACAAUGUAUCAUAAUAAAAUAAUUACAAAAUAAUACAUCUUAAAAUAAUUGUAAAUAACCAUACAACAAUAACAAGAAAGCACACAGACAAAAUAUUUUUUGAAAAGAUUACAUUUCUCCCCCUCCAACAUUAAAGGAAUAUUAUGUAAUAUUGUUUCCAUUACACAGGCAAGCAGAUACUGAUAUGCUGGCUAGUGUGAGAUGAAUCUUGACAAUGCAAGCAUGUGAUGCUUUAGUCUUCUAUUUUUGUGUGUGUGUGUGUGGAUGCACGAUCAUGCUCCUCAUUCUCCCCCUCAGCAGCACUGACAUACUGGCCUACUAACAGCUCCAGCUCACCUCCCCUGCUCUCUGUCUCUCCAUCACAUUCAAAUAGGUCUUCUGUUUCCAUGUCGUCUCUGGCACUUGUUUUUAAGGCACUGCCGUGGUUUGUCUUCACGACCCCCCGCCGUAGACGGUUUUGUAACUCACCUGCUUCAACUGUAAUAAAGCGGCUUUAAUUGCGCAUUCAGAACAGGCUGUUAUAUAAGGUGCGUGUGUGUUUGUGUGUUUGUGCUAUGGCGUCAUGCAGAGAGCACUUUAUGAGUUGUUUUUUUUUUUUUGUCUUUUUCAAGCCAAGUUGUGUAACCCAUUUGCUUUUGUUGCUACGUAAAAGAAAAAAAAAUACAUUUUGUUUUUUUCUAAGUAGGAGUUCCUACUCACAGACCUUCUCCAAGGAAAAACAAUCCAAUCUGCAUCCAAUCGUAUACCUUCAUAGAUACGCUGCACAUAAAGGGUGUUACUCAUGGACUGAUUUACCAUAUGAUGUUGUUGUUAUGCAAUAUUUUGCCAGCUGGAGUGAUUAUGUCACAAUCAAGAUAAAAGGAGAAAAUCAACAACAAUAUUUAUGCAAAGGAACAUGGCAAAAGUUGUAGAGGUGCUUAUGGAACCUUCAGGUAAGGCUCCCGUUUUCCUCUCAGCUAUUAGCUAUAAAAGGCCAAGUAAAACAACAUGUGUUAACAAAACUGAUGACAGAAUUCACAUCAAAUAUAGCGUAAUUCAUAAUGUGAUGACUAAGCACAACAUUGACUCUCAAAGGUUGUUGGUACUUGGUUUAAUAAAGGAAAGUUCUGCAGUAAUUCUGUGAACGAAACAUGUUUUUAAUGCAAUGUUGACAGGAUAUACAGGAAAGAUCAUACCUGAAAAAGUCCAGAUCGAUACAUAGUUGAUCAGCAACAAUAUUAAUGCCUGCUGUUGGGGUACAAAUACUGUACCAUGAUAGAUAGCAGCAGGAUACAUUAGUAUGCACAAACAUUCACUGAAAAAUGUAGGAAAAAGUAAAAAAAAAAAAAAAAAGGCCCUCUAUGUUAACAGCAAUGACUACAUUGCAAUAGCAAUAGUUUCCAGGUCAAGUCCUUUCAAAUGGGUUAUGGAAACUGUCUAGAGGUUGUUAUGGUUACACAGCAACAACCUUUUAAUUAAUGUUACUCAUGAUUAGGCAUGGGCCAAUAACCGGUUUCAAGGUAUACCACAGUGUGAAAAAGUGACGUUUCAAAACCACUAAAAUUGUGCAUCAUAAUGUUCAUAUGAUGUAAGAGAAAGUGAAGGUCCAGCGCGGCCACUAUGUGUAACUACUUUGUCACAGCCUGUGUUAUUCAUCGCAGUCGGAACCGGGCUUCGAUGUGUGCUGUGUUCCCAAAAGCCGGGCAUAGACAGCACCGCCGUUAGCUUCCUCAUUUGCAUUUAGCGGCGCCGGUGCAGCCGCGCUGUUGCAUCAUUUGUCGGUCGACAUACUACUCACGUUGAGGUUCACCAAAUGUGGAGAUGUGAUUUAGAACGAGACAGGAGCAGAGGACGAGUAGUUUAAACCGUUUACUAUCCGCUGAACAACAAGCAACAACCACUCUCAGUUGCUAACAACGAUCAAAUGACCUGGAAACAGAAGUUUGUGGAAAUGUGUGACCUGCCACGCUGAAAUAAUAGCAUAACAUUAAGGGUUUUUUUUAAUUGUGUUGUGACCUUCUUUUGCUACUUCUUUGUAUUUAUUUGAAUUUUGCUUUGUUUUUUGUUGUAUAUUUAUUGUGUUGUGACUUGAGUUGCAGUAUUAGCCACAGUAGACUGCAUUGAGAACUGCAUUUAAUUUAUUUAUUUAGAAUGAAUUCAGUUAUUCUUUUUUUUUUUAAAUAUAGGUCAUACUUUCAUCGUCUUAUGUGGUUUAAAAAUUACUGGUAAAGAUAAAGAUAUUUCAAAAUAACAGAUUUUUGAGCUGUCAUUUUUUAUUUUUUUUCCCCUCGAUUGGGAAGGACGUGUAUGGCAGGAGCUCUGUUGAAGAUACUGGAAAUUUUAACCAUUUUGGUGCUUUCCCGAUUACACUUCAUGAACACAAGAUCAGCGCUCAUUGCUGAAUCCCCAACUUUAACUUGAAUAGGCGAGAGGUACAGUGUGCUUGAAAUAAACUAGUUACAAGUGUUGAUACCUGCUAGCAAGUCAAGCUAACUGGCUAACUGCUGAAGUUCAAAACGGUUGCCUGGCAACAAUGCCAAACACAAAGCAAAAUGAUACUGGCUCUGGAUCUACAGACUCAAAAUCAGAUUAAAAAAACAACUCCAGGAUUCGAAAAUUGUCUCAAGAAGAAGACACAAGAGAACACAGACUCGGAUAAAAAAAACAACUCCAGGAUUCGAAACACCAGAGAUUACUUGAUUACAAAUAAUGCAAGAAAUUGAGAAUCUGCAAUCAAAAUCAGUGCAAAAUUCUGCAACUAUAAGGAUGGAUAUAUUGCUUCUGAAAGCAGAAAUUAAACUUAAUCACAAUAACCUCCAUGAAAUGAUCAUAGAUGUCCUUUUUGGUGUUGCAAACAUUGCAGAAAAAAAUGUGCAGUGAACAAGGCUAUCACAAACAUUAUGGAAGAAAAUACUGUAGAGCACUGAGCAAGGCUAUCAAAGCACCAAGACAAGAGGUCAAGGAGUUGCAAAAUGAAAAUGCGGACUUGAGCACUGCUCUUAAGGAGGUUAAAAACCCUAUAGAAGAUAUCAAGGCUCUACCGGACGAUAUUAAGGAACUGUUGAAUGACAAUGCUGCCUUGUGCGCUGCUCUUAAGGAAGCUAAAAAACCUAAAGAAAGUACAACAUUAUGCAAGGAUGUUAGGUUUCUGCAGGAUGAUAUCAGGGCAUUAUUGGAAGACAACGCUGCCUUGCGCGCUGCUCUUACGGAGGCUAUAAACCCUAUGGAAGCUAGCUUGCGCGCUGCUCUUAAGGAGGUUAAAGACCCUACGGAAGAAAAUAGAGCAUUAUGCAAUGAUAUUAACAUUGUACAGGAUGAUAUCAAGGCACUAUUGAAGGAUAACGCUGCCUUUCACACAACCCUUGAGGAAGAGAAAGAAGCAAAGGAAAAUAUCACUAAGCAAAUAAAAAUCUUAAUUUACGAGAUAGAUCAGAAUGCACGAGUGAAUGAUGUGGUCAUCACUGGGCUCUAGAUUACAUCCAGGUCAAAAGAUGUUCCUUCAAUAAAGCAACAGAUUGCUAACUUCCUACAAUCAAAGGAGGUGGAUGUAUAUAUCAACAGCAUCGACACAUCAGCGUCCCACUAUACGGCAGAAACACCACCACCCCUGUCAUCAUUGUUCACCAACAAGGAAUUCAGAACUGUACUGCUGAAACAGGGAAAGAAGCUGAGAGACACAAACGUCUACAUGAAUGAGCAUCUCACAAAACGCAAUGCCAACAUCGCCAAGAAAGCACGAGACUUGAGGAAGCAGGGAAAGAUACAAAGCACUUGGAGCACCAACGGUAACAUGGAGGUCCAGGAGAAGCAAGAGUACUUGUUGUCAAAGAUAUCAGCGAUCUGGAUGCAUUUUAAAGAUGACAAUAAGGACAAUGGAGGAUAUAACCUACAAGAAAGAACCAUGCAGCUCGAAGGACUACAUUCAAUAACAAUGACCUCAAUAUAAUUGUUGCAAGGGCCAGCUCAACAAUGUAAUAAAAUAAGGAACUCAUGUAACUACAUUCAAUGACACUCACAGUGCAACACCAAAGGCGGAGGAUGUGGAUAUCAACAGGGGAGAAAGGAAAGGAUUAAAAGAAAGAAAAGGAAGGAGGAUAAAGGAAAGAAAAUAUAUAUAUAUAUUUUUUUAUAUAUCUGGACCUGUGUGUGUGUGUGUGUGUGUGUGUGUGUGUGUAAAUAUAUAUAUAUAUAUAUAUGUGUAUGUGUGUGUUUGUAUCUACACAUACAGUAUGUAUGUAUUAGCAAUUGAUGUGAUACGAAAAGGGGGUAGGAUUACAGUAAAUAAGCUCUGCUUCUUCCUACUCCUUUUCGGACAUGUGGAACUAUGACUUGUAACAUGAAGCAUUCAAUGUACACUGUAUGCAUGUUCAAAAUAAAUUUAAACCAUAACCAAACCGCAAUUUUUUUCCCCAGGUUUUUAUACUGUCAAAAUCUCACCUCGUCCCAUGCCUACAUGAUAUUUGAAAAAGAAAAAAUGUCAGAGGUUUACUGAUUUAUUCUGAGCAUUUCGAGUAGUAUUUUGUACAAUGGCUAAAGGAUAGUGAAAGGAUGUUUCUUAAAUGAAUAAAGUGUCAACUCUGCUGCAACAGGACACACACACACACACGCAAACAGAUCGUAUGUGCCACUUUGUGUCAGACGUCAAGAUGGUGUUUAUUAUGUGUGUGUGGUUCUUGUGAACACGGCGGUUGUGUAAGAGCCACAGGCAAUAGUUAUAUAAGCGUCCCCUCACGUCCCCCUCACCGUCGUUGCCCGUUGUUAAGAGUUCUGUGGCAGACUCAGACUGUGUGUGCGCGUUUCUGUGUGUGUGUAUGUGUGUGUCUGAGAGUGCCAAUAAGGACGCGAAAAAGGUCAUCUUAGUGUGUGAAGCAGCCUCUCCAGGAGACCCUUUUAAGCCAUGGCAUUGACCUUGUUUGUACCUUCCCAUUUAUUGUCACCUGAUUUUUUUUUAGGCCGGACUAAUGGACUCUUACUAGGGAUGCUCGAUCGAUCGGCCACCAAUCAGUAUCGGACAAUUUCUGUGAAAAAUCACGUGAUGUCUGUCAACACUGAUCACAAAAGCAGUGCAGUGUCUUGUCUUAACUAACAUUUUGGGCAGCGUCCUUCUACCAGUUUCCUUUACAGCGCACAGGCGUGCCAUAACAAAAAAAUCAUGCCAUGUGGAACUUAACUACCAACACAUGCCACAAAAACUACCUUGCGGGGGUAUCGCAUUAAAAGGCUAAAAUUUAAUACGGCAUUUGAAGAACAAAUACUUGACGCAGUAUGGUGAGUUUUCAAGGCUCACGGUGUGAUCAUCAGUCAAAUGGCAGCUAACGCAGCCAUGUGGACACCCGCCCGUAUGUGCGUGACAGUCAGCAGGCUAAGCUAAUAACCUGAAAAAUAAUUGAAUUCAUUGGACGAAAUGACCAGUCUUUCUCAGCGGUGGAAGACACCGGAUUCGCAGAGUACUCUCUCACUUACCUGGAAGUCCUGCUUGAGCUCCACCGAUGUACCCUCACAUCCAAAGUCUCCUUACACAAAGCGUCUCAUCCUCUGUUUCACGAGUGAUAUAUGUUCUCUUGAAAAAGUAAAUCAAAUAUGUUUUUGUCUAAAUUAAGGUGUUUUUAUGGUCACUUUUUUCAUGUCAUAUGGCCAAUAGCACUUAUCAUAAAUCAACUGAAAAAUGUAUAAUUAAUCCAUGUGAUCCGUUUCGGUAUCGGCCAGUUUCAGUCCUGGAUGGUUGGAAUCAGCAGCAUAAAACCCUGAUCGGAGCAUCCCUAAUGCUUACUCAGUAUAUUAAGCAUUGACACUUUGGUUUUUGCUCCCAUUUUUCAUGAGCUGAACUCACAGAUGUAAAACUUCUUUUCUGUACACAAAAGGCCUACCUCAAAUAUUGUUCAUAAAACUAAACCUGUGCUAGUGAACACUCAUAAUUAGGGGUGUCACAAGAUCUCGCAUGAUUGAAACAUGUUUUGUCAUUCAGAAAAAAACUGUCUCGCGAUAACAAAUUAAGUAAUGAAUCACAUGAUAAAUUCAAAAGAAGUGAUCAUUUGAAUUAAUCUCCUUAUUUGCCAUGUGCAUGCCACAUUGGUUCAGGACCUAGACACUUCAUAGAACAACUGCGUUCCAUAUACUACGAGUGCACCAUAUACUACGAGUGCAUGAACAAAGUGAGCCCUCUUGUCAGUCCUACGGUCGCUUUGUCUCUGUGGGCGUAGGCGGAGCCGCUAGCAUACUCCACAAAGUGCAGCAAGGGAGCCUCGUAAGGAGCAAUGCAAGAUAAUGUAGUAGAAGUUUGGAGCGAAAAAGAUGAUUGCAAAGCCAAAUGCCUCUGAUGUUGCAAUAUUCCGGCUUCAAACCAAAUGAGCAAGGUGAGAUCAACAACACGGACGAGCUAGUAUGCCUAAUUUGUUCGAAAGUGGUGGCAAAAAAAAAGCAACAAAAAUAACUUGCCCACCUCAAACAUAUGCACCCGGCCCAGUUUUCCCAUCUGGAAAAAAAACUACACAUCAAGAUGCGCAGCCUUCAUUCCGACAGUCAACAAUCACUGAGACGUUUGAUCGGCAAAGUAAAUACAAACGAAACAGCCCAAAAUGGUGUGCGUUCACAGAAAGUGUUUGCUACAUCACAAAUAGAAAUGCUGCAAAAGUUUGACAGACGGUACGAAGUGCCUGUGAGACAAUUGUCACAAACGGCAAUUUCACAACUUUACAGAAAGAAUAAAGAAAGUUGACAUAUUAAAGGAAAAAUAUUGCAUUAUUAUGAUACAUUAUGAUAUAGCGUACUAUUAUUACUCAGGAUUUAGAACUAGGAUUUUUUUGAAGCUGUGGUGGUGGGCUGCAUGGGAGGGGGAACUGCCGCCGCUGUGUCGUGCUGCUGCUGUGUCUGCGAUUAUUUAAAAAAUGACAAAUAGAAAUUUCUUUGACUUAUUUAUUGAACUUUUUUUGACAACUAGCAGAACAUGAACCCAGACAAUUGCAAAACUGUUAAUUUAAUGGCAAAGUUGCCGAGAGCACUGCCAACAUUUAAAUGAAACUUUAUUUACAAGGCAUAUCUCCACUCAGUGUGCUCAUUUGUCAUUAAAUACAGGUGUCAUGUUUGAAUAGAACACUUAUAAAAAUACUUAGAGGGGUGAACUACUCAACAUCAGCUGGUGAGCUACUGUUAGCAUAGGAAUUACCUGUUGGAGACUCCUGUGAUAGCGUCACUGUCUAAAACUGUGCACACUACGUGUUCAUGUUGCACAACUUCGACACACAAGUAGUAGUUUUAUAAUAACAAGAGAGCAUGAUUGUGAAGUGCCACUAUAAAAAAGUAAGUUGUGAUUAUAAUCGAUUUAUGUAUCCCAUGAACGUAAUAGCCGCUUUAAGCGCCGAGCUAGCUAGAUGCUGCCAGCCAGGCAUGUAAACAAAGAUGCCAGAAAGUGGAAUGAGAUUGAAAUGUGAGCGUGAGCUUAGCAUGUGACAAGCUGUUGUCAGUGGACCACACAUUUUACGGGCUGUUGUUCAUUCUCCCGAUAAUAAGAAACAAAGUGAAAUCAACACAAGACGUGUCACAUAUCUGGUCACAUGCGCAAGUGCCAGCAAGACAGACAGGCGAUUCUGGUGAAUGCUUAUCAAAAUAAAGCCCACUGAAACAUUUUUAUGAUAUUUUUAAAUGUUUUCAAACUAAUUGUUGUCAAUAUGUGCGUAAAUAAUAAGCUAUGUAUGUAUCCACAUAGCAUGUAUAUCCAUUCAUAAAAUACAAGUUUUAAAAAAAACCCCUAAUUUUUAAUGUGUGGCGGCUAUUAUUUUGUAGUGGCGCACCGCCACGAUCAAUUAACAUGUAGCGGAAACCCUGUUAUUAUUAGGGGUGUGUAGGAUAGUCAACUACUUGACAAUUUGAUUCGGAGGAGUCUGACUCGACUACCAACGUUCAAAUUGGAUGAAAAUGUCAUUUGAGAGUCAAGAUCGUACCAUACUGACUCAAAAAGGGGGUGGCCAGGGCUGCUGCUGAGCAUACAUUUUUACCUUAGAAUGUCUUUGUUUUUGUUAUAAAUAGCCUAUUUUGAUACAGCAUCCUAAUUUGUGUUAAUAAAGAAUUGAAAACGUGUGUGUGUAUAACAGAAGAGCCAUACUUAACACACAUUAAUAAAAUCAUCUGCUUCAGUGGCACAAUCCAAAGGAGCUGAGGUGAGCGCUAGCUUUGAACACUGGGAAAACCGUAAACAUCAGAGGACUUAUUGGCUCAUAAUGGCUCCUAAAAAAAUCAUCCAAAGUAUGGAAGUAUUUUGAAAACGUUAUAAAGAUGAUACCAGAAAGUGAAGUGCAACUUGUGUCGGCAGCUUCAUACACAUCACGUGACAACAACCCCCAUCUUUGGAUCAUCACUGAACAUCACUGAAUAUCAUUUAAAAUGGGUAAGGCUGUUUUGUCAACUUCAUUUUCUAUCCUGACAGUGAAUUUUAGGGCCGCACGGUGGUCUAGUGGUUAGCACGUUGGCCAACACAGUAACAGCUUGGAGAUCGGGAAGACCUGGGUCGAUUCUCGCCUGGGCAUUUCUGUGUGGAGUCAGCUGGGAUAGGCUCCAGCAUGCCCCCGCGACCCUAAUGAGGAAGAAGCGGUAUAGAAAUGGACAGUGAAUUUUAAGGCAAGAAAUUAGGCUGCCAACUUUGGCAAGUUGUGUUUUUUAAAGCCAUGUUGUUGGAUUCCAUGCACAGUUUUUUGAGGUAUGUCGACAGCGACUGCGUUCCGGUUUUGCUCAUCUUGCCUUCAGUGUCACUGAAUAAAUUAAGGUACAGUUGUUUCACACCUACCAUGUUUAUUUGUCUGAGUGUUUUAGCCUGCUUCUUUGAGGUAGAAAAUGGGGCAAAUGAGAUCUGUUUAUUUGUCAGAAUCACCGUUAGCUCUGCUCUUAAAAAAAGGAAUUUCGAAUAUUAGUUGACUAUGGGCAAAAUCUAACGAAUCAGAUUAAUGUUUUGUCAUUGUGCUUUUCUUAAAACUUUUCUUAAAAUUAAUGUUAAAAUCUCGUCUUGUCUUGCUCUCGUGAACCCAAUCUUGUGUAUCGUUUCGUUUAGUGAACUGUCUGUGCCUUAUGUUGUCCACAAUAAAAGGACAAGUGCAGUUACGUUACAGCGUAUAUGUAAUAAAUAGAUAGUGCACAACAGCGUUUCUCGGAGCCACACACAGAGACAGGUGUAGACAAACGUGACUCAUUAGCAUUAAAACUACAGACUCACAAAACGGUUUUCUCAGUAGAGCUUACUAAAAUCACGUUUAAACUUCCUAAAUUCCAGCACAAUUAAGACCUAUUUAACAUUGUUGAAAAAUACUAGAAUAUGGGACCUUUUAGGCGACCGGUCCAACCUCAAAUUGAUAAAUAGAGGUACGUCUCCAUACAUUUGUCCAUAUCUAAGUCUGCCAUUAAAGGUGGUGGAGGAAAGGAGUGGAGCAGUUUAAUUUUAGAAAAGUACAAGCAGUUGUUGAGGAGUGGUGUGAAGGUGGGAGUCAUCAUGUAGAAAGUGAAGGAACAUAAAUAAAACAAUAGGUGAACGAUGAACUGAUGGGAACAGCAGCUUGGAACAGUCAGACAUGUUUUCAUACAUGACAAAUGUUAUCGCUGCAGCAAGCUGGUAGAACUGGAUGUUCACAAGAACAGUGUUAUACAAUAGCCAUGUUGAGUCACUGGACAAGAACUUUUUAUUUUCAUUCAAGAGCGGAUUUGAUUUAGCAGUUUACAUUCAGUUACACGGAAUUCUGCGUCAGUCUUUGUGGCUUUGUGUGUGUGCAUGCGCGCAUGCGUGUGUGUACGGUAGCAAGUUACGCAUGUGUGACUGUUGAUGUAUCAGAGAUAUCUGUCUCUCGUUACCAUCUUACGUAGAGCGGAGGCGGAGGACGGUGGAGAUAGAUGGAAUGUCCUCUUGAGCUUACUUCCCGGCGUGUGCACACAUCAGAAGACAGGAAGUAGAGAAAGAAGAGACAAUGAGGGCUCAUUUAUGUUGUCUAGUUUGUGUAAUCGCUCAUGGAAGUUGACCAAGAAUGGAUGGAAAUUGCCUCAUUUCCUGUCUACUAGUCAUCGUGACUCCCUUUCUUUCCUUGUUGGGAUGUUACAUGAUGAAACUAAAUCAACUUGGUUUUAAAAGCAAUUUAACAAACAGUAAGCGUUAGCCCUGGCUCUUUUAAAUGCUCUUUUAUAUGCUAAUAGCAGCUUAGCAAACACUCAACCAGACAGCACAGAAGAACAGGGUUAUCAACUCGAACCAUUAUUUGACACAAAGUGUGAUCAACACAAACACAUGGCAUGCUGGCAAGCCCACAUGCUACCUUGUACUUUCUGCUGUUGAUGCCACAUCCACAGGAAAGGAGCGGUGGAAAAAAGGUGAUGACGCUGCAGGUUAGGGUUCUGGAUAUGUUAAAGGGAGUAAAAACGUUUGCCGCUGUAAGUCGCCAACAUGGAGUGAAUGAAAGAAGGAAAUCAGACGCACUGUAACAGCAAGGUUUUCAAGUUUAAGUUUAAAUCUCGUGCGGUGACGUCGUACAUUGUCUUCAUCAAUGUCGUCUGCACAGCAAAUUUCACCAUCGUUGUAGUCGCCCAGCCUGGUGCUGUGCUACUGACAUGCUGCAGGAGCUGCUUGUUUAGAUGCGCAAGACGGCUAAUGUGGUUGGUACCUGUUGUGUUGUGUGCGAAAAAAAUCAAUCCAAGGGUCACCUUUGAGGUAGCGUCACCCAUUUUAUUAUUCUUCAGCAAGAUCAGCGUGCACAAAGUUCAAUAGUGUAACAAGUUUCCAAGAUAGCACUUACUGUAUAUGGCAUAAUAAUUACAAGUACACCGUAUCAAAUGGAGUAUCAAAAAGAGUAUUUAACAUUGGAAUUGGAAUGUCAAGCACUUUUAACAACAUAAUAAAUUAAGCAAAAAAUAAGUAAAUUAAAAUGGACUUGGUCUCUUUUAGCAAAAAUUGCACUUAAAUAAAAUCCCAAUCAAAAGCAAGAAAAAAUAGACCUCUGGAAAAAAAAGUACACUCCCAUAAAAAACACAAUAAGUGAAAUGGAGUGACAAGUCUCUGUAAACAAAAUUGCACUUCGAUAAAUAAUGAUCAUUGGGUAUUAUUCCUCAACAACAACGCAAUUUAAUGAAGUGUGUAUAGUGGUGAUGCCUGCUGUUCCAAGUGGUGUCACGUAGGACCAAAUAAUGACAGGACUGCUUCACAGAUGCGGGAACAAUGCACGUUGCGUGUACUAUGGUCACGCACAAGACAUAAAUACUACUUGGCAAGGUGUAAAUAAGUAACAAAUCGUGUGGGAGCGUGGUCAGAUCAUACCAAUGCGCACCAUUUUUGGUCAUGAAUUGCGUGCCAAGGGUCAUUUAUGUAAUUUAUGAGUAAACAGUGCGGAAACCAGUCUUCACAGUUUUCAGGCGUGCCAUAAAUACAUACUGUAAAUAAAUGGCACGCUUUGCCACGGCAAAUUGUGAGUUUACUGCUGACUUCCACCACUCUGUGUGUGCCCUUGCUAGCAGCCCCACCUCCACCCACUGGGACAAAGAGACUGAAUGACUGACAGGAGGGUUUACCCACUCCGUUCAUUCCGCUAUCAAACCAACAUGUCCAGGUGUUGAGACGAUACACCGUGUUCCAAAUUAUUGUGCAAAUGAUAUUUUUCUCUGAUGUUGCUGAAUAGGCAAUAUAAAUGAGUCAUCAUAAUUUUCAAGUCAUCAACCUUUGAGUACAAUUUGAAAGGGACUGAACAAACAUACCAAUGAUUUUUUUUUUUUAAUUAAAAACUUAAAAUGCACUGUUCCACAUUAUUAUGCACAACAGUUUCAAAGCAUUUCACAUUUUGUUUCAAGAACCGAAAAUGGUCAUUUGUUGAAUUUGCCCCAUAAGGAGGUCAUAUUUACUGAAUGCAAAAGCUAUUUCAAUCACUAACAUUUUAACAGGCCAAGUUACAUGUUAACAUAGGAGUAUAACCUUCACAAUUCUUACAUUGUACUUGUGAGUUUUUGGAGUGUUUCUGCUUGAAUUUCUGUGCAAGAUGUCAGAAUAGCCUCCCACAGCUGCUGUUUAGUUGUGAUCUGCCUCCCACCCUCAGAUUUUUUGCCUGAUGAUGCUCCAUAGGCUGUAAAUUGGGUUGAUGUCAGGGGAAAAAGGGGGCCAAACCAUGAGUUUUUCUCCUUUUAUGCCAAUACCAGCCAAUGACAGAGAGGUAGGUAUUCUGUGCAUCAUGAGAUGGUGCAUUGUCAUGCAUGAAGGUUAUUUUGCUACAGACGGUAUGGUUCUUCAUACUGUACCAUGGAAGAACGUGGUCAGUCAGAAACUCUACAUCAGGGGUCACCAACGUGGUCCCCGCGGGCACCAGGUUGCCCCCCACGACCACAUGAGGCACCCGCAAGCCUGCUUUUCAUUCAAGUUUUCAGUUAAUAAAGUGAGAAAACUAGAAACACUCCCAAUGAUUCCGAUCCAAAACAUGACUCAGCCACCUCCUUGCUGAUAUCACAGCCUUGUUGAGAUAUGCUGGCCAUACUCUACUUCAUCCAUCUGGACCACACAAGGUUGCACGGCCCUCAGCAGUAAACGGGAUUGUUUGAAAAUUAAUCUUCAUGUAUUUGUUGUCCCACUGCAACCGUUUCUGCUUGUGAGUAUUGGUUAGGGGUGGCUAAACAGUAGGUUAAUGCAUAACUGAAAGCCUCUGGAGGAUCCUACACCUUGAUGUUCAUGGGACUUUAGAGGCACGAGCAGCUUCAAAUACCUCCUUGUUGCUUUGUAAUGGCUUUUUAGCAGUUCUUCUCUUGAUUCGAUAAACACAAUCCCAGCUGUCAUCUGAAUCAGCAACAAAUUUCUUCACCGUACGAAAGUUUUGUCCAUUGCAUUGCAAUAUUUGACCCUUUUUUGUCAGCAGAGAGAUCCUUUUUCUUUCCCAUAUUGCUUGAAAUCUGUGGCAUGUUUAAUAAUGUGGAACAUCAUUUUUCAGUAGUUUUCUUUUAAGUGGGCUCACCUGGCACACUAAUUAUGACAGUUGUCCAAGAUUGAUAUCAGUAAUCCAAAAAGCCCCAAGACACAAUGCCAUCCACAAAUUUCAUUUAACCCCCCCCCCAAAAUAUGUUUAUGAUACUAAAAUCCUAUUUGCAUUAUAAUUUGGAACACAGUGUAGUAUCGGUAUCGCCAAUACCAGCCUGAAUUUUACCCAGUAUCGGAUCGGAAAUGAAAUCAAUGCUAUUGCACAUCUCAAGAGCACACAAUGCAGCAAUGUUUACUUCCAUAAAUACACGGAAAUGCAAGUGAUUUCGUGCUUGUCACUUUCCAGAUGCUUUGCGUUCACAUUAACAAGUCACAUUUGUUUGGUAAUGUGAACGACCACAUAAAAAAUUGGAUUUAAACAAAAAAUUAGAAUAGGGCAUCAUACCCUGCAGUGUGAACGUGGCCUUAGAGGUCUGGAGUGGAUCAGUAUCGCCUGGAGUGAGUCAGAUGAAGAUGUUGCGCUCCUCUUUGCUUUGAUGCAAACACAAAUUAAAGUUCUGACUUUGGGAGCGGUUAAAAGGGCUUUAAUGCAGGGUUGGGAUUCAGUGUUAUGUAAGCAGCAGAUCUCAGACGCUGUGUCCUGUUGCUGUCUGUAUUUAUUGCUACGGAGCAGCUAAGGAAACUCCCACUGGCUGACCCAACAGAUCACUAUCUCCUCCACUCAUCUCUUCAGCCUCAAGUCACACAGCUUCAACGCAGUCUGUUCCAGGUGAAGAUCAGUCCCACAGCGCCUCUUUCAGCUCAGAAAAUGAGGCCCAGGGUGCCGACCCCGCGGUGUGGCAUUGCACACCGCCACCGUCUACCUCACCUUCGGGGGAGACGCCAGCCAACCCUGCCCCCUCGCAGCCGGCUUCGAGGCCCCACACUGUGGCAUCUAGCCAAAGCCCCGCCCCUCCCUCCACUUUGACAGGAACCAGGAAGAGGAGCUCCAAACCGUCUCACAUGAGACGCAAUAUCAGGAAGUUACUGAGGGAGCAUCAGCUGGAGGCAGUGACCAAAGCUGCUCAGCAGGAGGAGCUUGAGAGGAGGCGACGUCUGGAGGAGCAGCAAAAGCAAGAUUUCCCCAUACCACUGCUGCCUGAAUAUGAAAGUGGUGAUGUACCAAAGCAUGUGUCAUCAUCAUCGCCGUCUGCAUCAUCCAUGUCGCAGCAUGGGGUCAGACAGGAAGCGAUGGUAUGCCUGGACUCCAGUAGCACUGACGCUCUUGACAACACCGAGGCUGAUGAUCAACGCGUCUCUCGCACUGAGCACGCACACAAAGCAGAUGUGAUAGAUCUCAGCCUGGGUGAGGACGACGGCAUUGUCAGCGGAGACUCCUCCCACCAUGAGAUAGCGAGCGAGCAAAGUGGCAUGCAUGCCAACGACGACCUCAACUGCCCGGACGACCAUGGAAGGGUGCUGGUCAACUUGAAUCAUCAGCCUACAGAGGAGGACAUUUUCCUGUCGCCCCAGCUGGCGCGAGCGGUCAAACCUCACCAGAUUGGCGGGAUUCGCUUCCUGUACAGCAACCUGGUGGAGUCGGUGGAGCGUUUUGUCAGCAGCAGUGGGUUCGGCUGCAUCCUGGCCCACAGCAUGGGCCUGGGAAAAACGCUGCAGGUCAUCUCCUUCAUUGAUGUGCUCUUCAGACACACCCGGGCUCACACCGUGCUCGCUAUCGUACCUGUGAACACAUUGCAGAAUUGGCUGUCAGAGUUCAACAUGUGGGUCCCACCUGCUGAAUCGUUGCCCCCGGGUAGCGACCCCAGCCUGGUGAGGCCUCGCACUUUCAAAGUUCACAUACUCAACGACGAACACAAAAACACAACAUCCAGGGCCAAAGUGGUGGAGAACUGGGCCCGAGAUGGAGGUGUACUCCUAAUGGGCUAUGAGAUGUACCGCCUCCUGUCGCUCAAGAAGAACUUUGUGUCCGGGAGAAAGAAGAAGGGCAAGAAAACAGCAGGGCCAGUUGUCAUCGACCUGGAUGAAGCGGACCGCCAACAGAAACUGCUCAAAAAUAUCGAGAGAGCCUUGUCCCGGCCCGGUCCAGACGUGGUGAUCUGCGAUGAGGGCCAUCGCAUUAAGAACUGCCACGCCAGCACUUCUCAGGCCCUGAAGAACAUCAGAACCAAACGCAGAGUGGUCCUGACCGGAUAUCCACUACAGAACAACCUGAUUGAGUACUGGUGCAUGGUGGACUUUGUACGGCCGGACUUCCUAGGCACACGCCAAGAGUUCAGUAACAUGUUCGAGCGUCCCAUUCUGAAUGGACAGUGUGUGGACAGCACACCACAGGACAUCCAGCUGAUGAGGUACAGGAGCCACGUUCUGCAUAGCCUGCUGGAGGGCUUUGUACAGAGACGAGGCCAUGACGUGCUGAAGGACCAGCUGCCUUCCAAGGAGGAGCAUGUGAUCCUGUUGCGUCUGUCUCCACUACAGAGGGUGCUUUACACAGAGUUCAUGAAUCGCUUCAGAGAAGCGGGAAACACCGGCUGGCUCAGCCUAAACCCUCUCAAGGCUUUUUGUGUGUGCUGCAAGAUUUGGAACCAUCCAGAUGUGCUUUACGAGGCCUUACAGAAGGAAAACCUGGCCAGUGACCAGGACUUGGACCUUGACGACAUCACCUCAGCUGCACCGGCACGGUGCCCCACCGCAGCCAAUCAGAAGCCAAAGCCCCUGGAAAGUCCAAACCCCAUUGGUGGACUGAGUCUCAGCCAGAUGCAGGAGAAGGCCAAUCAGGUCAUCACAUAUGAAUGGGCGAAGGACAUCAUGUGUGAUUACAAGCCCGGCCUCCUGGAGAACUCUGCGAAAAUGGUUCUGCUAUUCCAUCUGAUAGAGGAGAGCGUCAGGAACGGAGAUAAACUUCUCGUUUUCAGUCAGAGUUUGUCCACUCUGACAGUAAUUGAGGACUUCUUGGCAAAGAGACCAGUUCCUCCUUCACCCUACGCUUCCAGCAGACACACACCAAGUCAGAACUGGGUCAGAAAUCUCAACUAUUACAGACUUGAUGGAAGUACAACCGCCUCAGAGCGAGAAAGACUAAUUAACCAGUUCAACGAUCCCAACAACACCUCAGCCUGGGUCUUCCUGCUGUCGACCCGGGCUGGUUGUCUGGGCGUGAACCUGAUCGGCGCAAACCGUGUAGUGGUGUUUGAUGCGUCUUGGAACCCCUGCCAUGACGCUCAGGCCGUGUGCCGUGUCUACCGAUACGGACAGAGGAAGAGGUGUCACAUCUAUAGGCUGGUGUGUGACUUCACGCUUGAGAAGAAGAUCUAUGACCGACAGAUCUCCAAACAGGGAAUGUCCGACCGGGUGGUGGAUGACCUGAACCCUGUGCUGACCUUCACCAGGAGGGAGGUGGAAUCCCUUCUUCACUUUGCAGAUGAAGAACAAGAGCCCAGCCAAGUCCAGUUGGAGCAUCAGAACAGCGUGGAUUGUGUUCUCCUGAAGGCGUUGCGACUCUUUCCUCACCUAAUUACCAAGCAACCGUUUCCCCAUGAGUCUCUGCUGAUUGACCGCAAGGAGCAGAAGCUGAGCAUCGCUGAGAAAAAGGCAGCAAAGAAAGGUUAUGAGGAGGAGAAGAGAGCAUCUGUGCCAUACACGCGUCCUUCCUAUGCGCACUACUACCCGGCCAGCGACCAGAGCCUGACAAACAUCCCCGCCUUCAGUCAGAGGAACUGGCGACCGCCUCACCCUGAGGAGAAACCAGUGGCCAAUGUCCGACCAGUCCAGUCUACUCCCGUUCCCAGCGUGCCUCGCCAGGCCCCUGUAUGCUCAGCUCCCACUAAAGACUCAACUUCAUCCGGCCUUGGAGGCUUUCCCGUCAACUGCUUGCAAAAAGCUGGAGUGUUUGUGCAGAAGAUCAUCACCACGACAGACAUGGUGAUUCCAGGCAUCAACAGCGCAACUGAUGUCAAGGCCAGAAUAACAGCUGGAGAGAGCAUCCAUGUCAUCAGGGGCACCAAAGGGACUUACAUCAGGACAUCUGAUGGACGAAUCUUUGCUAUCAGAGCAGCAAACAGGCCUAAAACAUCUGAGGAGACCUCUGCAACAUCGCACAAAGACUCCCAGGGCUCAGCAGAGCAGCAGCCAACCGAUGGUAGUAACAGGUGCUUGUCACCUGACCGAAAGCAGCCGUUACCUUCCAACAACUUGCCCCGCCCCCUGCCCCCUGACAGCCCGGAGAUCGUCAGUGAGUUGCAGCGCUACACUACUUCCACCACAGGUACGGGAAGUCAGAAAGAGGUGGUGGCCGCGUGCGACAUGGACAACCUGCCUUCAGCUAAAGUAGCCCAGAGCAACAACAGCAGCAGAAAUGUGAGCCACCAUGAUGCCGGGGCUACCGUCAUCCAGCCCAACAUGGAUGCCAGCGCUGCCCAAGACUUGAGAAUAAGCUCCAAGCGCAAAGCCUCCACUCCAUCUCUGGAUGAGCGGCCCAGCAAGCAGCCCCCUGCUGGCAAACACUCCGCUGCCUCUUUAUCCUCGCAGGCUUUCCCAUACCCGGCAGGUUACGGCCUCCCUCUGAGCUUCAACCCGGCCAUGCUAGGUGGCUCACUGGGACACCCGCUCUACAUGGGGGCAGGCUCGCCUUACUUCCAUCCUUCUCAUACUGCACUGGGUGACCCAAGCUUCAUGCCCGAGCUGUUCGCUUUGGGCACAGUCCCCACUUCAUCCCCAUCUUCAUCAACUUUGUCCACAUCCACCGCCACUGUUGUGUCAUCUUCCUCUGCAUCAAAAGCUCCCCCUUUGGCUCCAGGCGCCGUGCCGCCAUUCAUGCUCAGCCCCAGCCUGGCGGGAAUGGCCGGGAUGCUCCCACCAGGGUUCCCCCUCUCUUAUAGUCAGUCUCUGGCUAGCCUGUACCGCGGAUCAAUGCUCCCUGGUGGUCUUCCGGGACCGGCGGCCACACCCGGUCCGGCUGGAGCUAGCUUCCUUUCACAGUACACUUCAGCCUCCAGCUCCUCCUCUUCAUCCUCGCCUUCUUCCUUCUCCCCACCUGCACGGUCCGAGGACCACAGGGCCAGGGCUUACGGUGGAAAGGUUAGCAGCCCUGGCAGCUCGGAUGGCAAUGAUGAGGUUAUUGAAGUGAACGGCCAAUGAAACAAGAUCUCGCUUGAUUGAAUUAGCUGAUGUUAAUUUGCUCAUCCUGUGAGGGAACAUAGACAUUAGGUUACAUGAAUGACAACAAAGUGUCUACUCCACAAGCUUUAAAUGCUGACCUUGUGACGUUACAACCUGGAGACAAAAAGCUUCUAUUGGAAGGAAGAAAACUGAAAUAACGUUUGGAGCUGACGGCUUUUUGUCCAAAAACUGGCUCACUGGAAAAAAAACAACUUUAUAGACUUUUUUUUCUGCAACUUCUCCUAGAUGAAUAUAAUAAUCACAGUAACUGUAGAUUUAAACGGUUUGAUAAGUUAGAUGGUAGUAGCGUUUAUUAUUAUGCAUUCAGUGGCGUCGUUAGUAGGGGAGGGUAAAAUAAUCCAUUAAUAGUUGAUUAAAUGUGGACUUGAUUAAUCGCGUCUUGAAGCAGUGAAUGGAGUGCAUUACUUGGCUGCAACCACGAGAGGCGCUGUUGACGCAGUUCCAAGGCUAAUAUUCACUCACACCAAAGGUUGGUUUAUGCUUUUGCCAGGUCCCACGUAGCUUGAUUUGCUCCUCCAAAAAAAUCCAAAAAUGCCACAGACCAUAAAGGCUGUGAUUGGUCAACAUUUAACUUUAUUCGCACAGCACACCUUUGUGAACGCCUUCUCCAAUUUCGGAUCAACAAUUGCAAUAAAAGUGACUGUUGUAACACAUUGAUUAAUUUCCAGCUCCUAUAACGUUCUUUGUUUCUCUUAAAAUUGCCAUUGUUCACUAGCGAUGAGGGACAGUAACGAGCUAAAAAAACCAGAAAACACUGCCCCUAGCAUAUCAGCUCAAACUUGCACAGCACGUGUUCAAUCCUGACACAGAACUUUGAAAGGAUCGCAAUGGCGUCAGAAGGAAAGGCUUUCCAAGUACCAGUAUUUAUUCCGUUGGUGUUGUAAUGGUACUCCCCGCUGCCUUUCAUAGAGAUGUCGUCUAUUCGAUUCCCGGACGAGGCCCGCAACAUCCAUUCAUUGGAGAUGUCCGGUGCCGUACCUGAGCCCGGAUAAAUGGGAGGGUUGCGCGGAACGAGUGUGCAUUCUGAGUAAAAACUAAGCACAGCAAAAAUGCAUGUCUGCCACAAAGGGAAAUCUGGAGAAGUCAAAAGACAACAAGUACCCCGGUUUAGCUUGGAAUAUGUGGCUUGUACCCACGAGUAACUGAUCGGCUUGUGGUGUAGGAAAUGAUUAGUACACUGCUCAAAAAAAAUCAAGGGAACGCUAAAAUAACACAUCGUAGAUCUGAAUGAAUGAAGUAUUCUUAUUAAAUACUUUGUACUUUACAUAUUUGAAUGGAAAUCCAAAGUAUUAUUGUUAUUAUUGGGGUUGUCUUGCUGUCCACCUGUUGUCUAUUCCAUUUGCACAACAGGUGAAAUUGAUUGUCAACUGUUGCCUCCUAAGUGGACAGUUUGAUUUCACAGAAGUGUGAUUGAUUGAGCGUUCUUUAUUUUUCUGAGCAGUAUAUUUCCACAAAGUCCCCCACCCCACACCCACCCACCAUUAUGUUCAAUGAAAUGUAGUCGAAUGCCCUCCCAGUGGCAGUCCCAUGUUGCAACUGAAUAUUUCAAAACAUUUUGACUUUCACUGCCAGGACCGCUCUUGGAAAGAAAAUUUGAAACAAAAAGGGGUGAGGAUGAGGUAGACCAGCUAACACCUUAAAAACUCUUCAUAGAAUGUAUGCUUCAUCAAAUGCCUUCAAGCUAGGCCUUUAAAGAAGACUCCUAUUGAGGCAUGUGACCUGAGAAUAUCAGUUUCUCUAUUUUUUGUGUGUUUUAAACGUUUUUUUUGUUUUUUUUUAUAGAAUAUCCUUGCCUAACGACAGCCAGGUGAAAAACUGUGCUCUUUCUCGUAGCGGAGAACGGAAAAUGCCUUUUUGCCGCUUAACUUUUCCUGAAUGUGAACGGUGAGAGGCAAUUUGUGGAACUCUCACCCCCACAGUCUUACUGUAGCCUAGUGACAAACGAUGCAAAACACUUCACUCAAGCCUAUAUACUGUAUUUGUACAUGCCAAGAGGAAUCAUCAAGACCACACCUUUUUGCUGUUAGUGGCGUUACUGUGUUUGUGUUGUGUGAGAAGGAAGGAAGAACAAUUCACCUUUUGCUCUUUGUUUUUUGGACUUGAGGUCUUUGGUGGGAGCUUUGCCAAAAAAAAAAAAAGGAGCACAUCUGCAACCUCCAUCGAAGAGGGUUGUGUCUUAAGCGACCAAAACUGAAAUGCACCAAUGCUCAAUGUGUAGAAAUACUGAUGAAGCCCACCUGUCAGUUUGACUCUGCAGGUAAGUGCGCUGCAAUGCACUGUAAUAAGACACACCUGUAGACAGGCUGAAGGCAAAAAAAAACCAAAACAUUUCAUCACCAAGGCCCUCGCUGCGAUUCAUAUUGACACCAAUUGAAUCACUUAUCUAUAAAGUGAGAGCUUUAAAAGUCAGCAGCUUAUUUUGUCGUACAAAACCCAACUCUUCACAUUUGUAAGCUCAUUGUGACAGAGAAUCGCAUAUUUGUUCAUAUUUGUUCAUACUGAAAUUGCGCGUUUACCUGUUUCAUUUUUUUUGACAAUGUUUGAAUUGACCUAGGUAAUUUAUUAACAGUGAAUAUUUAUUCAUUUGUAUUUUUUUAUUGCAUAUUGUUAAAUUACUAUACAAGUUUAAAAGAAAAAAACUCAUUUAAAUGCAAUUUUUGCAUGUGUGGACCAACCAACCAGUAAUAAUCAUUAAGACGGGUUGUGUACUUAUCAUCUGGUGACAGUUAGACCAGUCAUCUCUUCAAAUGAUGUGAAUUUGGAGUCACCAGGUUUAUACUGCAUUUGUGUUCAUUGGGAUUUCUUCAGAUUCCUUCAUCAAAAGUCUCGCUAACGUCUGCUCACAACUGAAUAUCAUAAUAAUGCCACUUGAGCUGAAAUUACCAUUAAUUGUUCCAAACGAAUCAUCAGUUGCAAAAAGAUCAUUAUUGUAUCGGGUGUUUCUUUGUGUAUGUUUUCAUAUCAGAAAUGAUGACGAGGAAGAACGUUUGUUUCGUGUUUUAAACUGUUUGGUUGGCUGCUUGGCAUUUGCUGCGCCAGCUAACAACUUAUUUCAGAGCGUUUUCUACUUGAAUUUGCAUAUUUAUUUAUACCAGUCAAUGCAGUCCGAUGAGCAGAGCCGAUUGUCUGAGUUCCUUUCAGGGUGAGAAGAUCAAAGCUGCUGUCUUGGAGGACUGACUGAUGAUUGGUCAAACUCUUGAUGUGUCGUGAAUCCAUGGAUUUGAGUGUAUGACCUUAAGUUACUUUUGAGAAAUAGUUGUAGUACUCGGUUCUUUUUUUGUUUUGUGUAGUACUCGGUUGUUUUUUUGUUUAGUUUUUAGGAGUUUGACAAUAAAAAGAAACAUGUUCAAUAA